AUGAGUUCCAAAGAUAGUUCAUGGGAAGGUGAUAUAGAAGGACCAAGUGAUUCUGCUAAUGGCACAGGCAAAACUACCAAACUCAAGAAGCAUGGUCAUGAGCCCGAUCCUAUUCAGUUUUUUUAUGAUAAGCAUACACGGAAUGACAAAGAAAAAACCUGGAUUGAUGAAGUUGCUGAGCGGACACAUGCUGGUAUGCAAGAGAAGUUGGCAGAAAUUGUAGCAGUUGAAGGUAAUGAGACUACAGAGAUGCGAGAAAGAGCAUAUGUUGCAGUGAUGGGACCUGAGAAACGUCACAGAGUUCGUGGUUAUGGACUAGGUGUAAUACCUGAUAUGGUGCCUUAUCUUCAAAUUGAUGGUAGCUCAUCAUCACACAGAUCACAUGGAAGACAUUAUGCUCACUUGCAGUCACAAUUUAUGGAGUUAGAGUCCAAGUACCAACAACAACAAGAGCAAGCACAGGUGCAGCAAGUUCAAACUCAGGAACAACUCUUGCAAACCCAACAAGAAUUGGCAAUGUUAAAGCAAAUGAUACAAUCCCAGCAGUCUACUCCACCUUCACAACAAUCUUCUCAGCCUUUGCAGCAACCAUCCUUCCAGAUGCCUUCUUAUCCUCCUCAAAUGUACUGGCCUCAACCGCAGAUCUAUCCUCAAAUGCCUUAUCAGCCUCAACAUGCUUAUCCUACCACUGGACUAACUGGAUUGCUUAUGGGAGAUACAAGUGUCCAAGAAACUGAUUUGUUGAACCAGCUUAGAGCUUCAUCGAAUCAAAGCUCUCGUGGAUCUGAGCAAUAGACUUUUAUUAUUUCCCUUAUUGAUCAUUAGAUGCUAAUUGAUAGGCAUUUGACUAGAUGAAUUUGUGACUUUUUUAGUAACAAGUAUUUUGUAGACUUGUAGACUUGAUUUUAAGUUGCAUCAGUAAAGAUUUGUUGAACAGGAAAUAAAUUUAUAUUAUAUUUUGUUG